UUAGUGAUUAAAAGAAAAUGGUUAGGGAGGAUUUUGGGAUUGCCCAGCCGCCUCUUGAACUCUAAAUGGCCAACCUACUCUACAUUUUCGACGGAUCCUUCUCCACUCCCCCACGAGGCCACAAAUGCUUCUCCACUCUCCCACUAUCCCACUUUCCACACACACGUAGUCCACUGCAUGCGGCCAAGUGAAUCAAAAUCACUUUCUCUCCUUUAUAUAAUGGAGAUACCACUUUCUCUCCUGUUACAAUUUCCGUUUACUACUUCCCAUACAAAACACUUCGGUUCCAUUCACCGUGCGAAUUGCAUUCAAUAUGGCGGGCCUACCUCAAUUCAAUCAGCUUCCCCAUGGUUUUAUUGCUAAUCUGCAAAAUACGAUGAUGUUGUUGAAAUUUGUGAGCGUGCCGACACCAUCGAUCUCAUUAUGUUGCAAGUGGAUGUCGAAAAUCAGGUAACUAAACAAAUAAAUUUCUUUUUAAUCGUACGCCUUUUGUGGCAUGCUGCAUUUUAUCGAUUUGCUUUGACAAUAUUCGUUUCUGUGUUUACAUCAGGGCACCUCUUUUCUGUUAUCUGGACGUGUAACGAAUUCGACGACGUCCUGGUCCCCUGCAUCCAGAAUCCAUUUCGUCCACCUCACAAUUGAGGACGAUUUCAUUGGUGUUGACAUCGUCUU